CGUCAUUGUUGCCUGAGUCGUCCACGCCGCGUAUUCCAAGGUUGUGAAUGCAUAUAACAAUGUUUGUGCAGCCACUGUUGCUUCUCACUAUAAUGAACUCUUGGGUUGCUCAGAAUGCUCAAGGCUUGAUGUGCAGUGACAUGACACUUCAAGAAGCAGAGCAGCAGCAUGGUGCUGAAAUAACUGGUCUUAAUACCAGCUGUAAUGUAGCGCAGUUAGUUAGUUCAGGCCUGUUGGCCUUGAAGCAACCACAGACCCCAAGCAGCAGGGACAGGGGUGGAAGUGGUGGCAACACAGUGGCGGCUGUAUUUCGAUUACUUGGUUUGGAGCCUUCACGUCUUCGAGCAGUCACUCUCAAUUCUCUUCUUUUUAUUGCACAGCUUAUCAGCAAUUUCUUCAUCCAACAAGGAGCACCCAAAAAUACCGGGAAGCAAGGAAAAAAACAUCAAGAUUCUCUGCUGCCAUGGAUCCUGCAGAAUCCUACAGUUCAGAAGUUUGUGCCAUCUAUAAAGGAUCAGUCCCUGGCUGAUCGUGUUAUGGAUGCUGUAAAUGGUCACAUUUCACAGUACGCCAAUCUGACAUGCUCUCAGCUGCUUAUUUGUAGACUCAUGCCAUUCAUUCGUGGCAUGCAGAGAUCUGUGAUUCCCCUUCUAUCAGAAGCAGACUUUUACUCCAUGACAGGGAUAAAUAUUUUCUUCAGCAGUCUCCCUGAGGAAAAAGAAAUGGAAGACAUCACAGAUAAAUGUGAUUUGCAGUACCCAGGAUGUGUGUAUUAAUAUUUAAUAGAUACUGGAAAGAAAACACAUUUUCUAAACUAAACUUGAUGGGGUAAUGACAAUAUUAUGAAAUGGAUAGAUUGCCACUUACCACAAUGGAGAUGCUGAGUCGCAGAUAGGCACAACAAGUGGUGAGUAGCAAUCUAUCCUUUUUUGUAAAUUGUCAUCAUUCCAUCCUGGAUUUGCAUUGUUUGAACUUGAUGGAGUGCAACAAAGCAGUCAUUAAAGUUACUGUAGUAUUAUGUUGAACUACUCAGUAAUUUACUAAGUCUUACAUAUUCCCAACAUACUGUUGGCUAGAACAGCAACCAACACAAUAAGAAAAAAAUAUGUGUUUUACUCUAUAGUCACUGAGUUUUAUUUUUAAUUUGCCUACUAGGUACACAAUACCAUCCCCAGGUCCUCGCGUGGCACAAAGUCAUUUCACUCGCUUCCCUAGUAGGUGUGUCAAAUACUGACAAAUAACACACCUUCUUGGAAAAUGAGCAUGAAGACUGUGUGGCCUGAAGAUGGUAUUGUGAACCAAAACCAGUAGUCAUUAUGCACAGUAGUAAUAAAAAUUGUGACUAUAUACUAAAACACAUAUUUUUUUCUUAUUAAGUAUUGUUAUGGUGGAAAUGGACAAUUAACGUUUUAUUUCUGAACAUGGAAUACAAUCAGGAUCGACUUUUUGUCCCAUCAUCAGCAUUGGCAAAAGUGAAACUCAUGUAAAGCAAAAAAUAAAAAUCAAUGAAGAGAAUUUGAAUAACAAACUCAUAAAUAACAACCCAUAUGGCUCAAGUUUUGAACUGCUGAUCAUAUUCAAAACUAAACAUGUUUCAAAACUUUAUUUUGUUGUAUUCAUGUUAAGAAAUGUAAGAAAUACGCCCAUUUCAAAAACCAAAUUUUCACAGCAAAUGCUACUGUGUCAUUCUACUAAAUAUUUUUUGGUGAACCUAGGAAUGCACAUAACGUCUUUGUCUUUGUAUAAAUAGAGAGUUAAGCAUGGACUAUUGUACUCUUUCCAACAUAAAAACAACCUGAUAGAUUUCUGUUAUGUAUUUGGAUUUGCUCAUACAUUUGUGUGGACAGUUGAUUGGUGGCCAUGCCCACAUUAAAUACUGUGUAAAAGUUACAGGAAAGGUGCUAUAUGCCUAUACUGUUUUCCUAGGUGUCUCUGCCCCAUUGUGUUAGAAUAUGACUAUGAUGGUCUGUGUGUGUGUGUGUGUGUGUGUGUGUGUGUGUGUGUGUGUUGGGGCUUAUGGGCGCUCAACAUCGAGGUCGGGUGGGUGCGUGAGACAGGUCUUACACUGGGGCAUCCACAGAGGUUUCACCCAUGUGACAAGAGUUUGAAAAUAGGAAUGGUAUAAGAAUGGACCUAGAUCUUUUUCUCUAAUGCCUCCUAACCCCUCCCUGUUCCCUUUCUCCCAAAGUUCAUGGCACCUGAUACAGCUGUCAUCCUAGAUCAGCUGCAGGCUGGAGCAGUAGUCGGCUGGGACAAAGUAGCUGCACAGGUGUAUGCAUGUGCAUAUUUAUUAUUUAACUGUUAGCCCUGAAGAAGACAUUGCAAGUUACAGUCUUGUUUAAGUGCCUAUUGAUCACUCAAUGCCUCAGUUACAUAGUGAGUAGUGAUGUUUCUUGCUUCCAUCAUUUAUAUUGCACCAAGGAAUUUCAGUUACCAAAUUUACAAGUUAGUGACUGUGAGAGGAACUGUUGGUUCUGAUGAAAAUAUUCUAUAUGAUUUGUUUGUUUUCUAUGAGAUCAAUUAACUAGGUAAAUUCUUUGGCUCCACUAAAAUAUAUACGUUGAAACAAUUAGUUGCACAUACAUUAUCUUCCAUACACAAUAUUUAAUAUUCAUCCUUUUUACACUGCACAACCUCAGUACUCAUAUAUAUCUGGACUUUACAAAAUAUGUGACACACAUAGUACAGUACAAUCAUUUUCCGUCAACUUACAACUUAAACUUGAAGCUGACUUGCCAAGAAGAAUAAAUACAUUACACAUCUAAGUAACUCUUUAACUUAACAAAGAGCUUGCAUAUUACCAUUCUUAU